UGGUUGUGUUGAUUUUGUGGUGGUUGGAUAAAUUAGUUUUUAAAUAAAAUAAAAAAAAUUGGAACUUGCUGGUAGUGGCAUUGUAGAUUUAACAUUUUAAUCAUCAAAAUGUCACAGUGAGUUUACAUUAUGUUUAUUAGUGUAAUCGUAUAUAUAAGAAUUUGUGUCGCAUAAAUUUGAACAAUAUUUUCUCGCAACUAUGACUUGCUGAAGAAAUAUAAUUCCUCUGUUUAUUUUGACCACCACAAAUAAAAAUAUGACUCUGACAAUGACCAAAAAAGUUAGUGAGUGUCAAGCGGAGACAGUACAAUUUAUGCCAAUAGAAAAAGUAGAAAAUGAAUGCAGUACAGAUUAUAACUCUGGGACUGCCCUUCUCAGAAGAGGAAAGAAAUUGGAAGACAACAAUAACUUGACAAAAGAGGAUAUUGAAUAUAUAAAUUACCGACAACUGUUAAAAUAUGAAGAAGCACCAGAGUAUUUGCAACACAACCCAUUUAUUAGAGAUGGAUAUAGAAAAUUACUGCCAACAAAUUUGUGUUGGGAGAGCAUUUUCUGGUGGACCAACGAGACAAUGAACAUUUGGACUCACAUUUUCGGCUUCUUCCUCAUAUUGUUCCUCACGAUAAACGACCUCGUCAUUAUAAACAUCCACGCCACGGUCACAGACAAAGUCGUCGCGGGUAUAUUAUUUUCUUGCUUUCUGAUAUGCAUGGCGCUAUCGGCGCUAUACCACACGUUUUCCUGCCGCUGCGAAGAUGUGUACAACAAGUUCUUGAUGUACGAUCUCUUUGGUAUCGCGCUCUCCUUGCUUGCGAUAUACACGUCCGGCGUCUAUUAUGCGUUUUGGUGUCAUUCUGAGCUGCGGCUAUUCUACAUGAUCUCCGUGACAUUGAUCUUCAUAGUGGCGAUGGUGCUCCAAAUUCCUCGCCUCAACGUGCCUUAUCUGAUGAAGAUGUGCGUGUUCAUUGGCUGGGCGGCGUACGGGAUGCUGCCCACGCUGCAUUGGACCUACGUCAUGGGGGGCUUCGACAAUCCUAUGGUCCAGAUGUUCUUCCCUAGAGUAAUAGGGAUGUACAUCAUAAGCGGAACAGCGUUCAUAAUUUAUGCACUCAGGAUUCCCGAGCGCAUGGUGCCAGGCAAGGUGGAUUACUUGGGCCACUCUCAUCAGUGGUGGCAUUUGCUUGUUCUUGCCGCGCUGUAUUACUGGCACAACACCGCCAUGAUGUACGUGCAGUACCGCAUGAACCACGGCUGCGCUAACUCCAUGAGAAUAUUCUAGAUUUACAUUCCGUUAUUUAUAAAGUUCGAUUUUGUAUCCCACUUCUGAUGUAGUCUUGCGUUUCAAUCCUGAUGUAUGGUUACUUUGUAUUAUAAUUUAGAUUCAAGGUUAUGAUAACAAGCUUGAAAUAUACUCAAAAUUGUCAUAACCUACCUCUAUAAUAAAUAUAAUUCUGGUACAACACCGCCAUGAUGAUGUCGUAUCGCAUGAACCGCGGCUCCGCUGAACUAUACGGCAAAAGUUAAUAAAAAUAAUGUUGUUUACGCAUUAUUUACUUGUUUUUAAACUUUAUUUGCGGUGAAAAACAACGAAAACGUGGCUGUCACAAAUUUUAUGUAUAAAAAUGAACUAUAGGUAGUAUGACUUUUACUGGCAAACAAAAUGAUCUGAUUUCUAUGACAUUUAUUUUAUACAUUUAAAUUAUUUUAUAAAUGUUAGUUUAUUAUUUUAAGUAGUAAUGAAUUACAGGUAAAUCAUCUGAAAUAUUACGAUCUUUGAUCAUCCUAAUAUAAUGUCAAUUAAUACUAAUUCAGUAAUUAUUAUAUAAGCAUUCUUAAAAAUUGGGCUGCUUACGAUUGAAUGACAUUUUUGUGUAAGUUAGGUAGAGAAUAAAAAAUUUUUUACUAUUCUAUCGACUAUUCUACAUCGAAUUUAAAGUUAAAUUUAAUUUUUUUAGUUAAUAUGAAAAUACAGGACCAUUAAAUUCAAUUUGUGAAAUGAAGUUAAAAUAAAUCUGCUUUAAAUCAUUUGUAAUGUGUGAGUAUUGUAUUCUACUUGGCGCAAUUUAAGGAAUCCAAUUAAAAUUUAAGGUGCUAUGUAUAUUAGACAUUCCGUGAUUUUUGCCUAUAUUAUAAACAUUCAAUUUACAAUUUCAUUUCCUUGUGGUGCCUAAACGCCGUUAUUUGCUCAAAUAACUGUUACCUGUAGUUAGUGAAAUGUCACUUAAAUAUUAAGAACAUUGUGAUGAAAUAUGUACGUCCUUUUUCUUUUUUAUUAUUUUUUCUUAUAUAAUUGUCAUCUGUGAUUGAUAAAGAUAUUCUUUUUUUAUACUUUUGUUGGUAGUGGU